AUGUUACUGCUCGCCUGCCUGAACAGUCGAGCUAUUUAUGUUGAGGUCGUCUUGGACAUGACCGCGUCUACUGCCCUAUAUAGUCUUCGCCGGUUCAUAGCGACUUUUGGAUGUCCCACAUGGAUCAUCUGUGACAACGCUAAGUCAUUCAAAACCAUCGAACAACCAUAUGCUUCACUUCCAGAUCCGGCCACCGAUGAGGACAUAAUCAUCUGUGUAGUCAAACGGAUUGAAAUGAAAUUCAUCCCAAGGCUUAGUCCGUUGCAAGGCAGAUUCCAUGAGAAAAUGGUCACAUUUCCAAAAGGAAGUUUAAAAAGCGAUUUCAAACCGUCUUCCCGAUAUCGAAGAUAUUCGGACGAUAGCAAAAGAAGCAGAGGCAGUUGUCAAUACGCGACCUCUAACAUACUACACUGA